CCCUCUUCCCUUCGGUGCGUCUCGGUCCGCCCGCAGCAGUCUCCUUCCCGGCGAGGUUUUCACUACAGAGAUGGCUGCGAAAGUGUGCAGAUCGGUGCUCCUGUUGUCCCGGAGCAGCGGAGCGGGGGCCGGCAGCCUCCCUGCACUUGUUGUCUCUUCACAGCGACACCAUCAGCACAUAAGACCGCAGGAGGUACUGUCUGCUCCUUUCACCCGUCAGACUGUCAGGAGAGCACAUAGCCUCCGGCCUGCAGCCCACUCCACACUCUUCACCCAGCCUCCCGCUGCCCUGUCUCCACAGGUUUGGAGGGGCGCCCCCUCAUGGCAUGGCCAGAGACUGUUGUGUUCUGCCACUGCACCAGAGGAGGUGACGGUGGUGUAUCAGAACGGGCUGCCGGUGAUCUCAGUCAGUUUGCCGUCCCGGCGAGAGCGCUGCCAGUUCACCCUCAAGCCGCUCAGUGACUGUGUGGGAGUUUUCCUGCAACAGCUCCAGGCGGAGGACAGAGGCAUCGACCGGGUAGCCAUCUACUCCACGGAUGGAGCGAGGGUCGCCUCCUCCACAGGCAUAGACAUCCUGCUGCUGGAUGAUUUCAAGCUCGUCAUCAAUGACGCCACGCACCUCGUGCGGCCACCAAGGAGAGAUCUGCUGCCCCACGAGGAGGCAGAAAGGCUGAAUGACGUCAAGUUUCUGGUGCAGCAGCUCUACACCACCCUGCGCAUAGAGGAGCACCAACUCGGCAAGGAACGUGAGCUGAUUGGACGACUGGAGGACCUCAACUCUGAACUCCGCCCCUUAGAGAAGGUGAAGGAGGAACUGAAUAAGAAGGCAGAGCGGCGUACCACCUGGGUGCUGUGGGGCGGCAUGGCGUACAUGGCCACCCAGUUUGGCAUCCUGGCCAGGCUCACCUGGUGGGAGUACUCCUGGGAUAUCAUGGAGCCCGUCACAUACUUUAUCACUUAUGGCACGGCCAUGGGCAUGUACGCCUACUUUGUUCUCACACGCCAGGAGUAUGUUUACCCCGACGCUAGAGACAGACAGUAUCUGCUGUUCUUCCACAAGGGGGUGAAAAGGACACGCUUCGACAUUGAGAAGUACAACAAGCUGAAGGAUGAUAUCACUGAGGUGGAGUUGGAUCUGAAGCGUCUUCGGGACCCGCUCCAGCUCCAGCUCCCGGUUCAGCAGCUCACAACCAGUAAAAAUUGAUGGGAAGAGUGACUCCCUCCUCUCUCAACUCCUGCAACCCCCCUUUCCCGCUUCCAUCCAACACCCUUUUCCCUCCCCUUUUACCCCCAACUCUUUCCUAAGACUCUUCCCUCCCCCAUUCCUCCCACACCCAAUAAUCCCAUCCCUUUCUCGACUGUGGGAGUUAGUUUUUUCUCCUUUUUUCUUUUUUUUUUCUUUUUUCUUUUUACUUUCCUGACUGAAAACUCCAGUUGGAAUUGCAAUUGAAAACCGCUAAAAGACGAAGAAGGAUGGCGAGAGUACCGGGAACUGAAAAACUCUCACAGCCGAAGGAUGGUGAGUAUAAUGAAAAGGACAAUGAUGAUGAGGAAUUAAGCUGGGCUACUAUGGAUAUGCCUCAAGUCUCCGGAGGGACAGCCUGCAGGGAACUUCAGGGGGAAAACAGGAAUCAUCACACCUCUAGACACUCCAGAGCAGAGGACAUGCAGAGGGACAGUCACUGUUGAGUGUGUGUGUGUGUGUGUGUGUGUCUGUGUGUGUGUAUGGGACUUUCAGGGUAUACUGGGACACCGGCCCUGGCCACUCUGGCCUGCAGGUCGACACAGCAGUGUAGUCCUGCUUCCUCUAGCAGUAAAACUGUCAACACACACACCUACUUUUGGUUGGGACAGGCUCCAGAAAGAGUCUCUAUCCCAAAGUUUACAAGAAAGUCCUGACUGCAGUCGCACCAUCAGGGGGACUUUCGUCUACCUGUGGCUGAACCCUGCUGCCUCUCCCUCCCUGGGCCACGCCUUCACCAGGUGACGGACACAUGUCCCUCCCAGUGUGACCUUUGUCAGGAGCCUGUCUCGACUCGCAGGAUAGAGGCAUGACGACGCCUCGCUUCCUCUUCCUGUUGACGUCCUGUAGCGGCCCGGUCUGCGCAAGUAUGAGAGUACUACCGACAACAACAUCACUGUGUGUUCUUUUAUUCCAAAAAAAAAAUAUUUUGGCACUUUUUAUUUUGAAAGCCAUAGUAUAUUUGUUAUGAGAAGAAUAUAAAUAUAUAUAUAUAUGUAUACAAUCAAAUAAACAGAUGACCAGAGGCUAGUUUUUUUUCAGUGGGGGGAGGAGCUCUCUUUCAAGCAUCCUUUCAUCAAUUAACAUCCUCUGAAGAUCUCUGCCAUGGAGGACCCCCGCUAACAGUCCAGUGUGCGCACACGCAAAGAGCAUUACAGCGAAUGCAUUCAUACCUUGAACUAACUAUUACAUAUCUUGUCAAACACACAAUGUAUUUCACAGUAACCACGUCCAGGUAGGACGUGAGGCUCCUGUGCAUGGUCACUAAAGGGGGGGAAACAAUGUUGAAGCCAAUUCAGGGUGAAAAUGGCUUUGAUUGGAAUUCAUUUUGAACAAUGCAGCAUAAUGUCAUCUUCGACCUCUAUGAUCACCUCAUGAAUACAACGAUUGCUGCGGAAAGUGCUUAACAUAAUGAAGGGUUUGAAAUGUGCAGUGACCAUGGUCUGAGACAAACCCACAGCCGUGUUAUCGUUUACUAUAUCGAUAUACUGAGUGGCUUUAAAGAAGAGUCAAUACAACAGGAGCAGCAUUUGAGCAAAUUGCCUGCAAUGUCCCUUUUUUUUUUUUUUUUCCAAACAUCAUAUAUUUCCUCUUUGUCCAAUGAAAAGUAUUGUUCUUGGAGAUGUAAAGUUCAUGUUUUCAGUGACCUGGCCAUGAUCUUAACAGCAUGCAAUGUGCAUUUCAACAAUUUCUUUUACGAUUCUUCCUCACGAAGCUUACAGACAAAAUCACAGAAGACUCCAUCUUUUUUUUUUUUGAGUUUUCUCCUCCCACUGUUGCUGUAAUGCCCCCCUGUUCCCUCGAUGGCCAGGCAGGGUAGACUGCAUGCUGUGGUAUGCCCUUAGUAGAAAUCUGUGAAUGUGUAGGAGCAUUAUUGCAAUUUUGUACUUAACUGGACACUUUUCUUUGCUACAUCUAUGACGUCUUAUCUCCUUGAUACGUUAAAUGUAGAAGCCAUAUGUUUAUGGUUUUUUUUUUUGGGAUGGUCACUGAAAGAACAUUUGUCAGCUUUACUUAGUUCUCUGUUCAGGUUCAGGACUGGAGCCCCUCUCUCCGGCCCCAUUUAUGUCUAAAAAAAAAAAAGCUCUGAAAGUAAGUUUGAACUGCUACUGCUGUAGAUCACCUCUGCACAAUCACAUGACGCCGCUGAACACAGACUCUAGUUCAACAUCCUGCUUGUGUGUGGAAAGUUGAUGGAAUCCCACUGAAGAGAUCGAUGUGUUUAACUGCAGAUUUUCCAUUACAGUGCAUGAUUUUUGGUCAAAUCAAAGGUUAGCCAAGACAGGAUUUGGUCGAAUCUUUUACCGUGUGUCAGUGGGUUUGUGUGUGUGUGUGUGUGUGUGUGUGUUGUCUCCAAGGGAAAUUGUGCCUUUUGAUUGAUUAAUGAUUUAAAAAGUAUCAAUACUGUAGCAAAUUGGUAAACGGCAAUGAUGAGAUCAUUGAGAAAGUUAAUCUCCUAUUUGGAAUGACACCCUUCGUAUUGAGAAGGGUUCAAAUUGAAUGUUUGGAAGUGAGAAUAAAUCUUGCUGCGUGUCUGUGGACGUGUGUGAUUGUCGAAUCCACGUGUACACUGGGGACAAAGUUGAGAUCGCUAUAUUCAUGAAUCCUUUUCCCUCAUUUACUGACUGUCAAUAGUGGUAGAAAUCAAUUCCGCCCUCAUCCCACUUCAUAACAGUCAUGCGGUUUUUCCUGAACACACACACACACACACACACACACACACAAUGUGGCGAUGGUGUUUCCUUGGAGAUGUACUGUGGCAGGUGAGAGAUCCUCCCCUCUGCUGUUUCUACACACCACUUCUCUCCAUCAUCACCUCCUUUUUAUCACGCCAUCCACCGUUUAUUGCCUUUGUUUUUGUCCUUUUUUUUUCUUGUUUACUUUUUAAAAAUGAAAUAUAUCAAAUAUAGGGAAACUUUAUUAUAAAGAGGGUGUUGCAUGAAUGUAUGUCUACAUGGGAAAUUAUGUGAAAAUAACAAAAGAUGAUUUAUCAAAAAAAACAAAAAAAACUGCAAAGAUAAUUUAAGAACGUUGUUUGUAGAGAUUCCUAGUUAUAAAGGGCAGUGGACAGGGCUGCGUCUUUAGAAUCUGCCCUGCCAAAUCUGACAUAAAUCCCAGCCAACCAACUGCUCAACCCCCCCCCAUCAAACCCCACUCCCAUCUUCACCUUCUUACUCCCAUAAACCCCUCCGUCGGCGUGCAUUUUUACUCCCCAAUAAUGGAAAAAAAACCUCCAUCCUCGGUGCACUUAUAAGGGAGUAGUUCUCUUGACCUCAGUUACUAACGUCCUGGAUCUGAGUCCAAAGGAAUAGUGUCAGGCGCACUCUGUCAGCUUAUCGGGGAACACCUCCAAUUGUCGCCCCUCUCUCCUGGCAUUUUCAUCCACUCUCAGCCUUUUUUCUCCAAAGCGACAUUAUUAUUCUAUUUUUUGAAUGUGUGUUAUGUUUUGAAUAUCUUGUUUGUGUGCACUUACAAUAAGAUGUUUAAAAUGCCUAAAGAGUGAAGCAGAAUAUAGGAUUGAAAAUGAUCUUGUACUCCAAUCUGACCUCUUUUUUUUUUUAUUUUGUUUUUCUUGUCCGUUUUUCUUCUGUUGACAUGAUGCUGUAAUGUUGGCGAAAAAGAAAAAUGUAAAAUCCUGUAUCAUUUAUGAAAUAUGUAUAAAAGAGAAAUGUAAUUCAAUUAUCAAUAAAAUCCGUAUCCAGG